AUGAUUUCGUUUGAUGUCGCGUCACUUUUCACGAAAGUUCCUCUUGUUUAUACAAUUGAGUUGAUACUCGAUGAAAUGUAUCCAAAAUGUACAGAAACUUGUCAGGAGAAGCUGAAAACGAAACAAUGUAAGAUGUGUAGAGAUCGUGCAGAUUUUGAGACUCUGCUACGAGCAGCAACAUCUGAAACGCAUUUGCUGUUUGACAGUAAAAUGUAUAUCCAACACAAUGGAGUGGCGAUGGGCUCUCCUCUUGCGCCUAUUAUUGCAGAUAUUUUUAUGUCUCACCUGGAGAAAACACUAAUGAAUCAACUUGAACAAGCCGGUGUACGGUUAUGGUUAAGAUACGUGGAUGACACGUUUGUUCUCAUUGAACAAAACACAGAAAUACAAAAUAUCAUCAUUAUUCUAAACAAAUUUCAUCCUAGUAUUAAGUUCACUUAUGAAAUUGAGCAGAAUGAUCAAUUGCCAUUUUUAGACGUGAAUGUGAUACGAACUAACGAUCAUACAAAAUUUGAAACAACAGUCUUUCGAAAAAACACAUUCACAGGUCUCAUGAUUAAUUGGUCAUCGUUCGUUCCGAUUGAGUAUAAAAAAGCGGCAGUUGUUAGCAUGGUUCAGAGAGCAUUAUCGAUUUGCUCUAGUUAUUCUCUACUGGCUAAAGAGUUUGAAAAUAUUCGACAGAUUACUAAACGAAAUGGCUAUCCUUCGACAUUUGUGGACAUACGUAUUGGUAUUGGUCUGACUAAAUGGCUCGGGAAGGACAAUGAUAAAAGAAUAAACACAGUGACAGAACCAGUGAAAAAGAAAAUGUUUUUUGAGCUUCCAUAUGUCGGUAGGAGUACGGAUGGUCUAAAACGAAAACUGACGGCGUUUGCGAAUAAAAUUCGACCUGAUACUGAUCUAUGUUUUUAUUCGAAAACACCGCAGUCGUCUCAAACAUUCUUUCAACUGAAAGACAAAAUACCGAAACAUCUUCAGUCAGACGUUGUCUAUGCAGCAAAAUGUGGUGAUUGUAAUGAUAGUUAUGUCGGAAAAACUGAACGACAAUGUC